AUGGACCACCAGGUGGCCACCCGCCUCUCUCCCUUUACCGUGCCCGUAGAGGUCGCAAAGGAUUUGAACGCCUUGAAAAAUCACGUCUUCGUCUAUCAGAAGCCAUGGGAAUUCGAUUUUCCUCAGCUGAAAAGACGUGCCAAGCUUAUAAAGGACGCAAACGUACGAGGACUCAAAGUAUGGCCGGGGCUCUCCAAUGUCACUCAGCAGUCUAAAUCGUACUAUAUAGUCUGUUUAGAUGGUCUACCUAAUCCUAAAGAAGCAGGACAGGAUGUCGAAAAGUGGACAUAUAUUACCAUUCAGCAGUAUACCGAAUUGAUCGAGACUUGUGAAUAUCAAUGUCUUACUCUUCGGAAAGCUGGCAGACCCGAUCCUCCGCAAGGCUUUCCUAUGGACCCUCGCGAAUUUACAGAAAUAUGUAACGAAGACCUCUUGAGUUACGGGAUCUGGCAGGAUACCAAGUCAAUAUUGAACGGCUGGGCCCUACGACGAGAGCCUGAGACGGGCCUCACGAAGCCCUCAUACUCGGAGCGAUACCUCGCGGGCGUUCAAGAGUACAACUCAACUCGAUACGAUGAGCAACGGUGCCACUUCCGUCUUUUACAGGCUUAUAAGGAGGAGGACCAAAAUCGAAAUGCAAGGCCAGCGUCUCCGGAACCUACUGAAAUCAGUAUACCAACUUAUAUCAGUCAGAUGUCUACCGAUCCUAACCAGUACGAUCCUCCUCCUCCUCUCUUGCAGCGACAUCUUCCCUAUCGACUCGCGGAAAUUAUCAAUUUCGUGCUCCCGCCUCCCUCUGGCCCCCCAUCAUCCGUCGCCACUUCGCUCCGAGUUGGUCCUGCAUACGCCACACCCGCAGACGACACUUAUCGGCGUGCGAUCUCUAGAUGGGUCCAAGCUACGAAGCAAGCCAGGAGAAACAGGAAUCGAGAUGGCUUCGAAGAGGGUGAAAUAGCGGAGGAAGACUCUGACGACGACACAGAGACAGUAAGGGAUUUCAGAAGGGAUAGUCAUUCGGAGGAUAACGCUGGUUAUGAAGAAACGUCUACCGGGACUGAAAGUUACGGAUACACCCCUUCCAUUACAUCCAGCCGAACCGACGCACCCUCUCACUUGGCUUACGCCAUUGACGAAGAAGAAUCGGUAUUUGUGUCAGUCUCUGAGCGCGCUUAUGUCCUCAUGGAGAGAGAAUAUCAAAGAAGAUUAGAAGCAGGUGAAUUAGAAGAAGGAGAGAUACCGGAAGAUUGA